UCCGGCCAGGGCGGCAAAUACUCCCGCGAGGCCAACGAGGCGCCCCGCGCGCCCGCCCCCGCGCAGUUCCGUGUGGUGAAGCUCAACCAGAUCUGGGAGAAGGCGCAGCGGCUCCAGCUAUCUGCUGUAAAACUGGCAGAGCUACACAGUGAUCUAAAAAUACAAGAAAAGGAUGAGCUAGGCUGGAAAAAACUGAAGGCUGAAGGGCUAGAUGAAGAUGGAGAAAAAGAAGCCAAACUUAGACGCAACUUACAUGUAAUUAUGGCUAAAUAUGGAAUGAAUGGAAAGAAGGAUGCUCAACUAGCAGAUUCCAACUACAUCAAAGAUGGCUCAGAAAGUGAUGUGCUAGAUGAUCCAAGACUGGAGAAAUUAUGGAGUAAGGCUAAGACCUCUGGGAAGUUCUCUGAGGAUGAGCUGGAUAAGCUGUGGCGAGAAUUUAAGCAUCACAAAGAAAAGAUUCAUGACUAUAAUCUCUUGCUAGAGACUGUGAGCAGAACAGAAGAAAUCCACAAAAACGUAAUCAACCCCUCUGACGAGAAUGUGGUGAAAGAAGAGCUGUUGCACAGCAAGCACAGAGAACUCAAAGACAAACUACGGAGCAUCAGUCAAGGGUUUGAGCGUUUACGUAAAGUCAGCCACCAGGGGUACGACGCAACCAGUGAAUUCGAAGAACCCAGAGUGAUAGACUUAUGGGACAUGGCCAAAUCUGCCAACUUCACUGAGAAAGAGCUUGAAUCCUUUCGGGAGGAGCUGAAACACUUUGAAGCAAAAAUUGAAAAACAUCAGCACUACCAGAAACAGCUAGAGAUUUCCCAUCAGAAACUAAAGCACAUAGAGGGAACAGGAGAUAAAGAUCAUCUGAACAGAAACAGAGAGAAAUAUACCAUGCUAGAAGAAAAGACUAAAGAAUUGGGAUACAAGGUAAAGAAGCACCUACAAGAUUUAUCUGGUAGAAUUUCUAGAGGUCUGCAACACAAUGAACUUUGAGUAUCCCUUCCACGUUAUAUAAUACAUUCCACAUAAUGUACUAACUUCCAGUACAUCGUUCUUCAUGGAAAGGACUUAUCAAGAUGACCUUCUGAAAUAUCCACAGAAGCAGAUAAAGAGUAAGGAUUCACCAGGGUUGGUCUUUGUAGGGAACCUUUCUUCAGUCAUUUUGGUCAUUGAUCUGGUAUCUUUGUGAUUAGUCAAAUGAAACCACCCAGUUAGAAAUGCAUAUUUAGUUUGUGCAUCUUUGAUGAUCAUGUAAAUAUUGUAUCUAAAUCCAAUGUCAGUUUUUGAAAUAAGCAGUUGUUCACAUGUAUAAGAUGUUGGGUAUUUUUUCUAUCAGGGAAACUAUUUUUGUAUCAGUAAGUCCAUCCCAAUCAAUGAAAACCACAACAAAUCAGUGAACUAGUCCUGGGUUUAAAACAUGAGUUUGUCUAUCAUGCUGCACAGACUAAAGGUGGAGCUAGAAAAAUCUGUGUUUACAAACCACCCCCCUGCCCACUAAAGUUCAGUGGGCAUUAAAUCAGGUAUUUGUUGCAGAUAAUCAUAUAUUGAGGAAGUUAAAGAACAGGUUUUGUGGUCACUUCUCCCCACAUAGUUCCAAACUAACACCCUUCAGAAACUACUGAGAAUUUGUACAAUCCUCACAUUCACCUUUGUUACCUUUCGUUACACUUAAUCAUUAAACAAAACCAAAUUAC